GAUGAUAAGUCUCACGUCUCAGGGUACCCCAUUCAAGCCCUUAUCAAUUGACCGAUUCGCCAUGCAUAUAUUCUGUGAAUAAUCUGUAGGACCAUUCUGCUACAAUAAAUGUCAAUAAUCUGCAAAUACUUCCAAAUUUCUCUUAAAUGAAAUGCAUGUUGCUUUCCCCUGCCUAUCAACUGUUUGAUAUAAAGUCCCUUUAAUGCUUGAUUUUGCGUUACACCAUGUCAACAUCUGAAAUAUGGAGGCCCCCAUUCACGAGCAUCUUCGACAGUACCUUAAAUGAUCAUAUUAAUGGAUGAGCUAUUGUAGUGAUAAGAAUGUAGCUGCAAUAGUACUCGGUUGCACGAGGGAGCGUCUUUCAAAUAGGCACGAGAAUUUCAAGAUUGAUCUAAAGAUUGUUCAAAUUCUGCUUGAGGGAUUCGAGCUUUAAAAUUUCUUGUGCAUCGACGCCCUUAUUGCAUAUCUAGUGACUUUCUUGAAAUCAGUAGAAGAAUCAAAAUUAUGGGCAGUUUUCAAACUAAGGAAAAAAGCUGCAGCCCUGGUGAGAAAGUAGUGGAAGGCUUGAAAAACAAGAUGAGGCUUCUACAAGGGGAGAUGAAUGAAAUAAUGUGCAUUAGAGAAAGUGAGAAUCAAGCUUACGAGCACGAGUUGAUGGUUUUUGCAUUUAAACAAGCCGAGUGGAGGAGGGAAAGGCGAAGAUUGAAAGACGAGGCAAAGAAGUUGAGGAAGAGAUUAGAAGGAAAAGAAGAGAGGCUGAGAUGCACGGAGAAAAGUGUCGUGGUGAGUGAAAAUUGUAACGACGAAUGGCAAAUAUUCGACAAAAGUUCAAUUUUCAAGCAUAUCAAGGAGGAACAAGCUCGGCGAGAUGAGACUGUAGAGAAGUGGAAAGAGCUUUAUUUUGCAAUCAAGGUUGAGCUUGAUGAUCUUAUUCAAAGGGCACAUCAAGAAGAAAGACUUUGUUGGAAAAGCAAUGAAGAAGAAAUAUUGUUGGAGCUGAAGGAAGAACUGAAGCUGAAGGAAGAGAGAGGUGCACUUCUACAAGCAAAGUUAGAUUCAAUGAAGCAGCAAGAAUGCAAGAGGGAAAGAGAGAUUGACAUUUUAAGACAAAGUUUGAGAAUUAUGAGCCACAGGAAGAAGGCAAUGCCAGCUCAAGGUCACGAUCAAUAUCGUCCCCAACAUCGAGCCUCGACAAAGGUCAUUCCAUGAAUUUUACACAUGUAAAACAUCAUAUAUUUUAUCUGUUAUAUGUCAUUAUAAGAAGUUCAUAUCCUUAUGAAGUCCUUUAGGCCAUUCUACAUUGCAGAAACUUGUAUUAUGAUUACCUCUGCUAAACUUUCUUGUUGAGCUAGCAUUCAAGUAAUCGUCUAAUAAUAGUGCUUAGAUUCAUUGUAUUUUAA